GGGGGAUCCAUCCAUUUGCCAGCUGUGGUUAAAAUUGGCUAUUCAAAUCAGAAAUUAAUUACAAAUUUGCAAAAAACAUAAAUCUAAAUCAUUAUUAUUUCAUAUGUGGCAUGUGCACACUCCACGUGCAAAAUUGUAUGACAACAGGUUGUAUAUGAAUCAGUGUAAUGCAAUUUUUACAUUCGUCUCAUUUAUUAACUCUGUGAAUUUGUAACUUGUUUUGUUGCAUUAAUCGUGUUGCUUGAUGCAGCAAUAUUUUUUCGAAAUGGGAAAUAAUUAAGGGUCCAGUCAGCACGGUUCUGUACUAACUUGAGUGAAUUACGGUAGUAAUACUAGUCUGUGGAUCAUGAAGGAACAUCGGCACCGUUCUGAAUCUUUUCAUGACGCUUUCGACGACUUGUUUAAACACGUUGGACAAAAUGAGGAGGAAAAUGUCGUCCACGUGGAACGACACGACCUUGGGGGCGAGCUCUCCGAGCUGAUGAUGUCUCCCGGGUCGUGGAUCGUCCUACAACCUGUCUCACUUGAUGAGGCGAAUCCCGAAGUAAACACGGAAGCGGGGAGAGAUAUCCACUGCCUGGAACUUGACGCACCCCCAACACUUGAACCAGUCGCUUUAGAAGUACCACCACCACCCAAGAAAAAACGUGGCCGUCCCCGCAAACUCGUGGCAAAAGAAGUUGCAAAAAAACCCAAGAAAUAUCAGGAUACCAACCAUGCCGACAAAUCUGUGCGUAACGCAAUCAACGCUAAGCGCAAUCGCGACCUGGCCAAACAACGCGAGGACGCGCUGCGUACCGAAAAUGCAUCCUUGCGCCACGAAAAUUCCACCCUGCGGGAAGAAAAGGUGACCUUAUUGGCCGAGAAAACCGUAUCGGACGGGAUGAUAGCCCACCUUCUCAAGCAGAAUACAGACUACGUCACCAGACUCAUAAAUAGCGGAUUACAUGCAUCCCCACUAGUCUGUGACAGGUCAAAUCUUGACAAUCCUGGUGACCUUGAUAACUUAAAGGUCACACCAAUGUGUGACACUUUUGAGAUUGAUGGGUCUUCCAUAUUUUUGCAAGAUUUGUGUGAUCCACUAUUGGAUCAUGGUAUCAAUCUUGCUUAAAAAUUGGCAAGAAUUAUUGAAGCGUUCAUUAGUCAACGACUUGAGGACGCUGCAGAAAACAAGAAAAAUGUAUAAUCUACAUUUUUCUGCCAAAUCGUUUAUUUUCACACUUCAUUUAUCAAAUUGAUAUGAAGACGUCCGUAUGCUCGGAAUGUGCAAAAACGGCAAACUUAAGUAGCGGACCUUAUCCAUUUAAAUGCAUGGAUAAGGUUCCCUACUGCAGAGGUGUGGCUGAACUGCAUACUGCAAGCAGCCCCUCUGUCCGAUAUACGCUAUUUCUAGCAUAUUUUGGUGUGCACAAAUAUGUGCUAAAUUAUGUAAUUACUAAUAUGUAAUUACAUACAUCAUUCUGUUAUCAUAUAUUUUCUUAUAUGUGUAACCGGUGAUUAAUUAGUUUUGCCGACUAAUCAAUAAAUAAAUGACUGUUGAAAAUA